AUGAAAAGAAAGAUAAAAAACCAUGCGAAGGUUGAGGGGUCCAUUGUUGAGGCUUACAUGAUUGGAGAAAUAUCGACUUUUUGCUCACAAUACUUUUUGCCUACAAUUGAAACCCGGUUGAAUCGUGAGUCGCGUAAUUUUGCCCCAGACAUUCCUAGUUAUACCAUGGUCGACUCUCGAUUAAGCAUUUUCAAAGUUCCAUCUCGAAGAUUAUUCGAAAAAAGUGGUCAACGGAGGCCUUUGACAGAUGAUGAGAUGCGUAUUGCUCAUAAUUACAUCUUGAUCAAUUGUGUUGAGGUUCUACCUUUUUUAAGGUUGUUUGAAAAUUAUGUGAUCCAAAGCCAACCUGAUAUGGAUGAUGGAGCAUUUGAAAGGUUUAGGGAUCAACAUUUUGCUAAGUGGUUUAAAGAUCAUCAUAAUUUGGUUGAUAUUAAAUACAAAUCAAGGCUAAGAAAUGAAGAUCCGUUUAUCCUAGCGUCACAAGCAGAACAAGUGUAUUAUGCACCAUAUCCUGCAAUGAAGGAUUUGAAAGAUUGGUGGGCUGUCGUCAAGACGAAACCAAGGGGUGUAUAUGAUCUACGACAAUGUGUUAUUGAAGAAGAUGAUGAUGAGGAUGAAGAGGACCAAUUCUUUCAAGAAAGUGAAGCGACUUUACCUUCUACAAGUAGCGGUGCAAAUGAGGUGGCAGGACCCCUUUCUCAUGUAAUUGAAGGAGAAAUAGAAGAAGUUAAUGACAAUGACAUUGAGAGAGAAGAGGAUGAAGAAGUUGAUGAUAACUUGGAUGAUUCAUCCCAAGAUGAUAUUGAAGAUGAAGACAACAUAUGUGAUGAUAAUUCUGAUGAUGAGUAA